GGAAGGCAGAUAAAGGUAGAGAGAAAGAGAGGAGGGGAGGGAGGAGAAUACCCCUCACGUGUCUCUGUGUUAAUAUUGGAGAAUCUCACGCACUCACACUGCAGAUCCAGCAUCCUCCAGCACACAGCCUCCCCCACUACACCCUGAUGGUGACAGGAACAGCAGGGAGCUGGGCUGAUGUCCCCUGUCCCCAGGCUCGGAGCUCAUGUCUGUAUGAGGCUGUCCCAUGUCCCCGGGGCUGAAUUAUUAUGUGUGAAUGAUGCAUUUCGCGCUGCUCUGGGUUGUAGCUUCUGUAAUCUCUGCAAUGCCUCAACUGGGUGAGUAAUCCACCUCAAAGGGGAACAGGUAGCACAAACCCUCCCCAACCUGUCCUCUCCUUCAUCUCAUCUCUGCUCCAUCUCUGGUACCCAAUGCUCCAUCUCUGGUACCCAAUGCUCCAUCUCUAGUACCCACUGCUCCAUCUCUGGUACCCAAUGCUCCAUCUCUGGUACCCAAUGCUCCAUCUCUGGUACCCAAUGCUCCAUCUCUAGUACUCAAUGCUCUCUACCUGUUAAUCAUCCUCCCCAUCCCUGAUAUCAUAUAUACCACGCUCUGCAUCCCUUAUACCCCAUAUACCCUCCUCCCUAUCCCUUAUAUUCCAUAUACCACCCUCUUUAUCCCUGAUACCUCAUAUACCAUCAUCCCUAUUCAUUAUAUCCCAUAUACCACCUUCCCCAUCCAUGAUACCCGUAUACCACCUUCCCCAUCCCUUAUGUACCACCUUACCCAUCACUAAUAUCCCAUAUACCACACUCCCCAUCCCUGAUACUUCCCUAUUCCUGAUACACCAUAUACCACCCUCCCCAUCCCUGAUAACCCCAUAUACCACCCUCCCCAUCCCUGAUACUCCAUAUACCACCCUGUUCAACCCUGAUAUCUCAUAUACCAUAUUCUUCACCCCUAAUACCCCAUAUACCUACUUCCAACCAUGAUAUCCCAUAUACCACUAUCUCCAACCCUGAUAUGCCAUAUACCAUAUUCUUCAUCCCUGAUACCCUAUUAUCUGUAGCCCAUGUACCACCCUUUCCAUCCCUGAUACCUCAUUCUGCCUCUCAUUUCAUGCUCUGCACCCUAUACCUUCUGUCCCAUAUUUCAUUCCCUGCAGCCCAGAUACCUACAUAAUCUUUGCACCAUAUCUUAUCCUCUGCAUCCAUGAUCCUCAGUGUUUUCUGCCCCUCAUCUCACCCUCUGUAUUACAGUUACCCAGUAUUCUCUGCUUCAUAUACAAUGAUAUGCAUUCACACAAUCUGCAGAGUCUGUCACAUCGCUCAUCCUUAGGAUCACUGGUACCCCAUCCUUCCUGUCCCAUAUUUCCUGACACCACACUCUCACCUGCCCCAUAUUCAUUCUUCUGCAUCCUUGAUACCCAAUGUGCCUUGCCAAUUUCUAACGCUCUGCAUCCCAAGUAGUGUGUCCAGGGUCUCAUCCAAAAUUAUCUCUGCCCUAUAUUCCAUCCUGUGCAUCCCUGUUACCACAUGUAUACAUUAUCUUAUCUUUGAUACUUCAUGUUAUCCUCUUGAUUCCUAUAUACUUACAUGCUGUCUGUCCAAUAUCUAAUUUAAACGCUUUCUGGAUCCCAGGUAUCACAAAGUUUUUGCCCUGUGUCUGAUAUCCUACAUCCCUAAUACCCCCUCCUGCUCCAUACCCCAUUUGUUAUCCUCCAUAUCACAGAUACACCAUGCUCCCUCCCUCACAUAUCAUCACCUGCAUCACUGAUACCCUAAUAUCUAUUGCUUUAACAUCUCCCUCUCCUUCCCCAAUACACCCACUUUUUCCUUAUCACUGAUAUAUUCCUUUCAAUUCUUCUACUACUUCAUCCUCUUACCAUUGCCCUAAUUCCCCCAUUUAUAACCAUCCUUUCCAUGAUUUCAUGAAAAAUUUCCAUGAUUAUUAUUGUGAUUUUAUUUACCUUAAUCUCUAACCACACCUGCUGUACCUGAUUCCCCUCAUUUAUUUCCAAUCGAAAUUCUCUCCUCGUCCACGCCAGCCCAGAACUGUCCCUAAUUAACCUAUAGCCAGUUUAGUAAGGUUGCAAGGGGUUAUAGUUUUCACCCUUUAACAAAUGAUUUGCAAAAAUAAUUCAAGUAUAUUUUUUUCCAAAUAUAACCUUUUUUGACACUAGAAUAGCUGGGUCGACGGUCUGUAAAGCAAACUGUUGGUACAGGCCUCCCCAAAAAUAUUUAGAAGAACAGUGACCUCGUCACGCUCAUAGUUGCAUGCUGUAAUAUCAAAAGAUCUGCUGCAAUGCAUCAGGUAGAUAUAAAUGCAAUGUCGGGAGGGAGGGGAGAGACUGCUAAUCAGAGAAGGAACGUUCUUGCUAGGGAAGAAUAGAUGCAUUCAUACCCACUUGUGCUUGCUGGGGGGGUGGCAGGUUGGGGUAGGGGUCUCAGGGCACUGUCAGGGCACUACGCUAUGAAUGGGUUACUUAUUCACUAAACUGGGAACUGUAAAAAUAAUCGACAGGGGAAAUUGUAAAUUUAAGGCCAAAAUUGCCAAGUUAGGAAGGUGGUUAAGUUGAAGAAUUUUUUGAAUUUGGCUAUAAAGAUCUAAAAUUUGUUCCUUGUCGAUUCUUUAUAAAUUUAAGGGAAUACAUUCUUAAAUUAUGUUUCAGUAUUAGUGUUUAAUCUAUUAUUUCAUUAUUCCAAUUAUUUUACAAUUCGUGUAAAAUUGUAAUGAGGGGCUAUAUUUAAUUUUGUUUCCGAACUUAUCUUUCUCUGUGAAUUGCUUCACUGCUGUUUCUGUGUUCUUACGUACCUCCUCCCUCUAAACUGUCCCUUUUCAACUCUAAAUUUCAUUCAGUUUGUUAGCUGACUCUUCCCCCUCCUUUUAUCCUCAUUGUACACUAUCCCUAAAAUGCAACUGUCACCUCAAAACUGUGUAAUAUUCUAAUCAUUAAAACAAGUUGUGAAAGGAAAUAUAUAUAAAUAUUUUUAAUGAUGUAUAUGUAAAAAAAAUUAGAAAACCACAUCCCUAUCUUUAGUAUAUGGCACGAUCCGUCAGCCAUAUACAUAGGCCGUUGGUCGGACAGUGUUUGAAAACUGACAGUUAGUCUCUAUGGUAUUCCCAGCUUCACUCCUUGAACAGAAGCAGGGAAGACCAUAGAGACUAACUGAUGAUCUAACACUGUCCAACCUAAGGUGCACGCAUAUAGCUGAAGGAUCCUGUCAUAAAACCUAUUUCCUUUCAAUACUCGAUGAAAGGAUUAUUAUAUUAAAAUUGUUUUGAGAUACACGUUGUCCUUUAAUCUCUGUCUGUCAUCCACAUUUUAUUCUCUGUUGUACUGUGUUUCAAUACUCUUUAUCUUCCCAACCUGAAUAAUUCUGUAGAUGUAUAGAUAAAGGAGUUGCAGGGGAUGUGAUAUAUUUGGAUUUUUUAAAGGCAUUUGGUACGGUUCCAUGGAAAAAAAUAUUGUACAAAUUAAAAGCAAUUGGUUUAGAGAUGGACAGUCUUGUUCUUGGAUUGCAUAUUGGCUUAAAGACAGAGGACAGAGAGUGGUUCUUAAUGGAACAUGUUCUUGUUCGACAAAAGAGAUAAGUGGAGUCCCUCGGGGGUCUGUUCUAGAUCCACUUUUCUACAAUGUAUUUAUUAUUGAUCGUGAAAUAUGCAUUUAAAGUACUAGGUCAGUGUUUGCAGAAGAGGUAAAACUAGAUAAGGUAAUGCAGUUUGAACAUCACAUUACUUAUCUACAGGGGGAUUUGGAUAAUUUGGGGGGACAGGGUAGCCAGGAGUGUCUGAGUCCUAUAAAGUAUUCUCAUGCAUAAAAUGUGAUAUUCAUUUGCAUGAUUAAAAUCUAAUUUUGUCUCUUCAUAAAUCAAAUUUCAAGAAGGAGAUAAUGGAACAAGAAAAAUUAAAAAUUAAUAAGGGUAAUGGAAGAUUUAAGUUGUGAAGAAAAGCAAGAAAACAUUUGUGUUAGAAAUAAGGCAUCUCAUAAUGUUCUGAUGACAUUAUACAAAUGUAUGCAAGGCUAGACAAAAAGCUCUACUGAAACCUGGUUAUAGAUAGGAUUAUACAGAGCACAAACAUUUACACUUGAAAAGAGAUUUCACCUAUGGCAGAUGCAAGAGUUGUUUAAAAUGUGAGUUUCGUGCCUAAAUAGAGUAUUAUAUUCUGUAUAGAUUUUUUUGAACCCCCCCCCCCAAAAAAAAACACCCCAAAAUAUUUAAGGGUAGAAUGGUUAAUAUUGGCUUAUGUAACAGUAUAAUAUGAUCAAAAGAGAAAUAUAGAGUGAAGGACUUUUUUUCACAUUUUGGCCUCAGUUCAUUGUUUUUUUGGAUAAGCUAAACGAUUUAUCUUCAAAAAUUUUCCAUAGAUGUUAAUGGCAACUCCAUUAAAUAGAAAACUUGAGAGGUUUCUCCUAGCAUUGUGAUAAUUUUAAAAGCUUAUCCAAAAAUAUUAAAAAGAGGCCCUUGUGGCUAAAUUGGAAAUUGCUUGUUUUUUUUUCUGCCUUUCACACCCACCUUUCAUUUUCAUUAUAUACUAUUAUUGCCUCUCACCAAUCUUUCUAUGUCACCCAUCUAUAUCUAAUAUAUUAAAUUCCCCCUAUCGAUAUUGCUAUAUCCCAUUUAUAUCUCUUCAACUCUUCCAAAUGACUGUAUCCACUCUUCUCAUUUACCUCUCCUAUUCUCCUGCCACACCCCUUUAAUUAGAGAAGGAUUAAGAUCUCAUGGGACCCUUGGAAUGUUGCCAGUUUGGGCCCCCUCUUCAUUCUUCUCAUAGGGAUGGUAAAUGGGACCAAGCAAAUUCAUGGUUCUGGAGCUUCCUGUCUACCUCUGGGCCCUAGGUAGUCGCCUAUGGUCGCCUAAUGGUGAAUCCUGCUCUGCUUUUAAUACCCUUUCAUUCUUCCUUUCUGAAAUCCACGUUAUGUUGCCGUCCACCCAAAUUCAUCCAUUACAUCCUUAUUACCUCUAUCCCUCUGCUCGUUUCUACUACAUAUCCCAUGCUGGUACUAUGUUCCCCUCUCUGAUCUUACUACUUCCAAUCCACCCCCUCUCUAUUCCCACACAUCUUUUCUUCUAUCACUUUUAGUUAUUUCGACAUUCAUUUUUUCCCACCUAGGUUCUCUACUGAUAAAUUCAACGUUAAUCUACAACACUACUCAGCAGAAACAUCCGAUUCCUAACCCAUGGCCCCAGAUCUCUCCUCCUCCCCAAAUUAUCUAUCCCAGCCAAUUAGUAGGACGGACUUCAGGGACAGAAACACGCAGAUAUCAGUUGGACACUCGAGUAAGAAAUGGGAUCCCGACUGACCAAGUAAGUCUCUUCAGACCUUUGCUCUGCUCAUCAUACUUACAUAAAGCAAUAUAAUUUAGUAUUUCUCCUGACCACACAUUGAUCUCUCUCUCCAUCUAAUUCAGGAAUGGUUACUUUCUCUGAGGUUCUAAAGGUCCUAAUAAUCUUCUACUUCUAUGAACGUUCAGGAGAACUGUAGAUUGACUGUUUGUUAGAACCUGUGGCCAGUGGUAGGUCAGUCAAAUAAGGGGACACUAUAGGCCCCAAAACAACUUUAGCUAAGCAGAGCAGUUUUGGUGUAUAGAUCAUAGCUCAAUUUGCUGCCAUUUAGGAGUUUUUAGCACUUUGUUUAUGCUGCGUCAAACAUACAGGGAUACACCUCCCUGUAUGUGACCCACACACCCAUCCUAAACAAUGCUUGUAUAGAGAGAUCUAAUGUUUAAACGUCUUUUAUAGCACAUUCUUAUUUACUGCACAGUGAAUAGCCUUGUAGACCUUGCAGGAGUUCAAUUUACAGAGCAGAAGGUUAAAAAAAUCUAAAGUAAGUUAACAUCUGAUUGAAAAUUAAACAAAUUUUCCAUGUAGGUUGUGUCAUUCACAACCAGGGUAGGUGUGGCUAGGGCGCCAGGACACAGAAGCAAAACGUGAUUUAACUCCUAAAUGGCUGAGAAUUGAGCAGUGAAACUACAGGGGCAUGAUAUAUGCACCAAAACUGCUUCCUUAAGCUAAAGUUGUUUUGAUGCCUAUAAUGUCCAUUUAAGCUAGGAAAGUUGGAACUUUUGCAUAAGAACAGCAGGCUGUGAAAAAAACAAAGAUUUUGUAUAUAUAAGAGCCAAUGAAACCUGUUUUGACUUUCGGGAGAUUAUUGUCUGUACUGGGAAAAAAAAAAUUACAGCCAGUAAACUGAUUGCAUAAACCAGGCAGCCAUUGCUCAUUUGAAAUGUGUCAAAUUAAAAAAAGACCUGUAGCGUAAAUCAAUUUAAAGUUAUAUUGUUUUUACAGUGUUUUUGAGGAGAAUGUCAAUUGUAUGCCGAGUGAUAUGUUGAGGUAAAGGCAAGUUGUUGAUAGGUUUUUGGGGUUUAUUCAAAAACACCUCCACAGAAUGGCGAAGAAUUUUGUAAGGAAUUGCAAAUUAAGGCCAAGUUAAUUACGCUGGAACUUUUACAUUUCUAAUUUAUUUGUUUAAAUAUGCUGUCCUUUUGUCUAUUGUUCCACUAUACCUGUUUUUGUAAAUUAACCCCAUCAGUACUAUUCACUAAAGCGUGAAUUGACAAGGAUUUAAAAAAAAAAAAAAAAGCUGAAAAUUAUGGCCUCAAAUUUGAAAUUCAUCCCGAAUUUCAUUUUAAUUACUGCAAAUUCACUCUUUAGAUAACACUGCCUGUGUUUCCAUAUGUAAAGACAUCUUUAGAAUUUGGGGGGGGCUUGAUGUACCUGCUUGAUGUACCUGCAUUUCUAUUAUUUAAAUUAUUAUUGUGUAAAUAUGCUAAUUAAUUCUCAAAUUGCGCUAUGUGUUUGUAAUUGCCCUAUGCCAAUAGUAGCCACCCCUCCCCAGCUCUGUUGAAAUAGUGUGCCUGAUCCUCCAUGUGAGAGUGCUAAUAUAAUAGAUGUAAUUGACUCUUUUUGUAAGUAUUAAGAAGAACCAUAACUACUGCGCAGUUUACUUUGGCAGGCUUUCUAACUGUCCCAGUAUGGGUCGGACAGUCCCUAAUUCAGGUUCCUGUCUUAAUGUCCUGGGUGUGUUGUUUGCAGUGACUGAAUUGAUGUAGAGAAGGCCCUGGUGCAAGAAACAUUUUUGGGCCCCCCCACUAGCACAAGAAUGGCAAAAAUAUAGAUCAACAUCUGUCAUACAACUUCCACAGUGCUAUGCCAGCUGGGGAUUUACCAUUUGCCCAUCCUUGCAGGGUUGUAUUUGUGAGCAGCGUUUGUGAAUUUGAACGUUGGCAGGUUUUUGCAUAGAGAAUGUGUGUGCAUGUAGGGGUCUGUUUCUAUGUACUGUUGCCAUUGGAAUACUUGUGUGUCUUGUUUGUGUUUGAAUGCAUGGGUGUGUUUGGAUGUAGUGUUGUCUUUUAAAUGCGGAUGUACAUUUGUGUGUUGUAUUGGAGUUUGAGUGAAGGUGUGUGUGUAUGUAAUGUUUGUGUUUGCAGGGUUGUAUUUGCAAAUUGUUUCAGAUAUACACACUGACACACAGGUAAACACACUGACAUAUACACACAGAUACACACACUGGCACACACACACACUCAGAUACACACACUGACACACUGUCUGACAAACACCCUCAGACUCAGAUACACACACUGACACACAGAUGCGCUCACAGGCACAUACACAAACAGAUACACACGUGUCAUAAUUUGAAUGUUUGCAGCCACCCUCCUGUUAGCAUGCCUUUUGUCUGCAGGAGGUUUACUUGCUUGGAGUGCUGCUGGCUGAUGUGUGGAGGGUCUGCAGCAGCUCACUCCUGCUGCUGUCUGCACGCUUCCUCUGUUACCUCUUUCCCUCUUGCGUUGUGCUCUCUGUGUCUGGGAGGAAGUGACCAGCUCUCACUUCCUCCCAGCAUCUGAUGCUAUAAAGAAUCAGUCACACUUGUAAUGGGCCAUGGUGCCUGACCGGGCCUCUGUUCAGCAAUACCCAUCCCUAAGUGCAUGGGCCAGCUAGUUCCGUCGCUGGUUCCCUGGUGUUCCUGUUUUGUGGGACACCAUUAAACAUGCCAAGGGCACUAAGACCAUGAAGGCUCUUUAUGGCACUACCUUCAUUGGACUAGUCGGCAUCAUUGGACGCUGAUAUGUCUAUUCUAUGUGUGGACCUGCCCCCUUUCUUCACAGAUCUGUGCCCCUUGGAUGGAGCCAGCGAUGCAGUUUGUGUCACUGUCCUGUCCCCUUUUACCCUGUCCACUUGUAUCCUACUUUAAGGGAUACCAAUGUUGGGGGGUCGCUCCCAGCCUCUGUUACAGUGUCCAUCCCUGCCAGAAACUGUCUGAGCUAUGCCUUGCACUGCUGGGCUUACCUCGUUGGCUGAAAGUUAUCGGCUGAUACUCGCAGCCAGAGAUGUUUGCACCAUAUUCCUUCACUAUACAAGAAAGACCUCUUAGUAAUGUUCUCAAACUAGGAAAUGCAGGUUAAACCUCUAACAGCCCCAGUAGAAUUAAUACUAAACUAAAAAAAGGAAGAUAAAACAUAUGAUAACAAUGUAUGUGAAAUGAUAACUUUAUGUCUCAGAUGGAGGUCUAAUAGAUCAAAAUGGCAAUUUUUUUGACAACUUUCUUUGCAACAGGUUUGCCAUCAUUACUAUGUGUGUUCGCUAUUUUUGUUAAAGGACCACUAUAGUGCCAGGAAAACAUACUCGUUUUCCUGGCACUAUAGUGCCUUGAGGGUGCCCCCACCCUCAGGGCCCCCCUCCCGCUGGGCUCUAGGGGUAGAACUGGUUAAAUUUACCUCUUUCUCCAGCGCCGGGUGGGGGACUCUCCUCCUCCUUCUCGUUGUCAUCGGCUGAAUACGCAUGCGCGGCAAGAGCAUUCUCAAUGCUUUCCUAUGAACGCUGGCGUCUUCUCACUGUGAAAAUCACAGUGAGAAGCGCGGAAGCACCUCUAGCGGCUGUCAAUGAGACAGCCACUAGAGGCUGGAUGAACCGUAUUAUAAACAUAGCAGUUUCUCUGAAACUGCUAUGUUUAUAGAAGAAAGGGUUAAUCCUAGCUGGACCUGGCACCCAGACCACUUCAUUAAGCUGAAGGGGUCUGGGUGCCUAUAGUGGUCCUUUAAACACAUUGCAGUGUGUUUAGUGGAAUUAAACAAAAAGGGUGUUAGUGCACUUUUUUUCUCCCAUCUUCACGCAUAAUUUGGGAGUCAAAGACCAUCUGUGUUCCUUGUUUGAGUCACUCCCAGUAUAGAAAGUGUCAAUGCAGCCUAUGGUGUCUGUUUUAUAUAAAAAAAAAAAGUGUUACCAUUUUCUAUAGUCUGUUGUCAGCCGGUAUGUAGAAAACGUGUAUUUUACUUGAAGUCAAAUACAAUGCCCUUUUUUUAUAGCCGUGUGUGCUGCUACAUAUACAUUCACUGUAUUUCUUUUCUAUGCGUGCCAACAUUCAUUGUAUAGUUGUUUGCUGCUUUGCUAUGUUCAAAAAGUAUACUUAAUAUUGGGAAUUAUCCCCAUAUGUAUAUUAAAACACUAACACUUAAUAUUGUCAUUCUUCAUAACUUUGUUGGGUAGACAAAGUAAAAGGCUGGUAUCUCUCAUGGUGCAAAUACGUGUGAGGAGAGAGGUUUGUAUCUCCAACUUCCGUAUUCAUUGAAUUAGAUUCCACACGCAAAUCCUAGAUUAAUCAAUUUGUUCCAGAAUGGAUUUAAAGAAUUUUGAUAGGGACAAAUUGUGCAUCAGUGAUUGUGUGUAUGUGUCGGUGGGAGUAUGUAUGCAUGUGUUAGUGAGAGAGUGUGUGUGCCUGUGAGUGUGAUUAUGUGUUUGUGUGUCAGGAGUGUACCUGCCACUUAGUCUGUCUGUAUUUGUGUGUCCGUGCCAGUAUGUGUGCAUAUGUGCCAAUGAGUGUGUAUGUCAAUAUAUGUGUCAGUACAAGAGUGUGUUUCAUAUCUUGCAACUAUGCCUCAGCUAGAAUUGGGACAGAGGGAAGUUGCCAACAACACAACUUGCGCCCCAAAAUGGGCAGGCCCAUCUGGAGAGUAGGUGGGUCUGCACAUUGAGCCUUGGGCAUGUGAGCCUGGCAUCAAGAACCCAGGGUUCAGAGACAGCCUCUCAGCCAGCCCACUACAUAGAGGACCAUGCAGAGAGCACUGUUCUUGGGCUGUGCUGUCUGGGGACUCUGAUGCGCUCGAUUGCAGGACACCAAGGAACCAUAAAUUCAUGACCAUGAAUUUGGGACUGCUCUGUUGAAAGCACAAUAGUUGGUAGUCAUGGGGUUUGUCUUAUUUUGUGUGAUUUGGUGCAGAAAGUAGUGUAUAGUGUCUUAUUAUAUAAGAAACUCUCUUUUCAUGUUUAUAUUUUUGUGUAGGAAAUUUAAGAUUUAUAAAUUUGUGGCUUGUAAAAAUUUUCUCGUAGGGUCUGAACCCACUAUGUUUUCCUACAGAUUUCGUGAGUGGAGACAUGAUUGAACUAAUGCUCCUGUAUUUAUUAUCAUUCUUUGUUCCCUUUCUAAUCUGUUUACAUGUACGUUGAUUCAUGGCCAUGGAUUGAAAUGCCAUAUACAACUCUCUUACAGGCAGCCCAUCUAGCAAGUGCCAGCUUCCUAGUGCCAGUGUUUGGGAAGAAGUUCAUGCUAGACCUGGAUCUGAACCAGUGAGUUGAACCAAACAUUAUUAACAGGGAUGUGCAUGGGCCAAAAAAUUUUUCGGUGCGGUUCGGAAAUUCGGGUAUGUAAAAAUCAAUUGUCUGAUUGGGCAAUUCGGACCAAUGGCAAUCGGUUCGGCACUUCCGAACUACCCAACUACGGCAAUUUGGAACUUCAGCAAUUUGGCAAUUCAGACAUUAGUAAUCUAAUCAUAACCCCUAAUCCCCAGCCCCUAAUCCUAACCUUAACCACUUACACAUAUAUAGGACUCCCAGUGCCAGGAUUGCCACCACAACCACUUACAAAUCUAUAUUGCUAACCCUAACCCCUAACCCUAAUCCCUAACCCUAACCACUUACACAUCUAUAGGGCUCCCAGUGCACGGACUGCCACCACAACCACUUACACAUCUAUAGGGCUCCCAGUGCCAGGAAUUAGCUUAUUGGUCAAGAUUCCUGUCAUCAUUCGCGUAAUUUUCCCUCCCUCUCUCUUCGGCACUUCGGAAAUUCGGACCUUCGGAAACAUCCGAAUGUCCGAAUUGCCCGAAAUUCGUCCAAAUAUACAUUCGGAACGAAACGAAUUGCACAGGUCUAAUUAUUACCUAAGCCAUCAUAUAGCUAAUUACAUUUCCAUAAAACCAGAUUAUAGUCUGCAACAGGAAACACGUCUCAGAUUUUCCAAUGAUGUGAGCUCAGGCAACACUGUAUAAAGAAACACUACAGCACCAUAACCACUACAGCAUGAUGUUGUGGUUAUGGUGCCAUGGUGUUCCCUCGGUGUAAGUCGUCAAACUGUUUAGUAACGGUUUAACUUCUUACCUGAGGCUUGCCAAGCACCGCUCCCUGUCUCCACUACACCCGCCUCUCAACUGGAAGCUCUCUGACCGAUCUAAACUUGUCAGUGCAGGGCUGAUAGCUUAUUGGCUGAGAAUGAUUAGGUGACGCUUUGACCAAUAUGCUGGCCCUCACUCUAGCGCUUAGCUCAGGAGAGCAUCUGGCUCUCCAGUAGGCUAAGAGGAGGCAUGGAGCUAUGCUUGGAAGAUCAGAUCAAAAGGUCAAUCUGUUUCUAACCGGUUUGACUACUUACGUUGGGUGGCACCAGGGCUCAUCUGGCACCAUAACCAUUACAGCAAGCUGAAGUGAUUAUGGUGAUUAUAGUGUUCUUUUAAUCCCCUGAAAUAAACCACUGAUUUGAGCAAAAUAACUAUCCACAGUAUUCUAUGAUUAUUAUUAUUAUUAUUAUUGCCAUUUAUAUAGCGCCAGCGGAUUCCGUAGCGCUUUACAAUAUUUUGAGAGGGGGGGUGUAACAAUAAAUAGGACAAUUACAAGAAAACUUACAGGAACAAUAGGUUGAAGAGGACCCUGCUCAAACGAGCUUACAGACUAUUGGGUUAUUUUGAAAAAUCUGAUUUCCUUUCAUGUGCAGUGUUCCAAGGUGAAUUUGUUUGUUAAUCGCUUUAGGGGUUGAGCGUAUCAUUCUUAUCUCUCCGGCCUGUUUCAAAAACUGUUAUUUUACAUUACUGUGAAACAAUUUGUUGCGGGUGUUUCAAUCCACUAAGUGAAGUUCAAAUGAAACCACCAAGAUUUUAGAAUGGACCAUGCUUGUAGAGUAGGUAUAAAGGGGAACUAGUCGAGAGUAUAUGUCAAUGUCAAUGCUAUAUAUGUCAAUGUACGCAAAAUAAGAGAGACCAACAGAAAUCCAGCAGUACAUGUCCAAACUUCAACUAAUUACGGUUAAAGCACAGUGUAUCUGCUAUGGUGAUGCCAGGAGGCUUGAACAUAAGCAAUAAUUGUAUAGGCCACCAGGGAGAUGUAAUAUUUUGAACUGCAAGGAAGUAUCGAUAUAAAGGUCAAUGCCGUUACGUCUACUAGAGAUGGAUUUCAUGCCAUGCGAUGUUGGCAAGCAAGAUGUACGAUCCUUAUCUUCUAAAAAAUGAGCCACGGAAAAAAUGAAAUCAGGCACGGGCACGGGGGAUGUAGGAGCAAUCGUGGAAGUAGAGGAGGAAAAAUGACCGGGGGAUGGGGGUAAGAAGAAAAAGACAGGAGAAAGUAAGAGGUGAAAGACUGGAAGACGAGGGACGAAAAGCCAAGGAAGAAAGAAAAGUCAAAAGAAAGAGGAAUCAAGAGGGAAGCAAAUGUGUGAAAGGGCUGGGGUAUAAACAUAAUGGGAGAAAAAGGCUGAGAGAGAAAGAGGGUAAAAAUCUUAAUAUGUCGGACAGAUAGAAAAAAAAACAAUUUGUUUAUCAGUUAUGUGUUGUUUAUAUCCAUAUUAUAUAGGGCUGUGCAUUAUAUUUUAUUGCUGUUAUAAAAAUAAUAUAUAUGUGUUUAUAGUUGAUGCUGUUGACAAUUUUUGCCCUUGAUUUUAUUAUAUUUGUUAUAACAUUUUGUCUUUGUUCCUAGUGAUCUCCUGUCUUCUAGAUAUGUGGAGGUGCAGUACGGUGACAGCAAUAGCACUCGUGUGACGGUACGUAUUUAUUUAAGCGUUGUAUACAGAGGUUAAUAGUUGCAUUAUGAUCCAGGAUACACCAUGAUAAUCACAUUAUCUUUAAUUAACAUAAACUGUUGGGUAAUGUGUCUAAAAAGAUAGGCUACUUGGCAUUGUCACGAGAAAAUAGUUCUCUUUAAUGUGACACAUUCUCUGAAUGAGUUAACUCACUGUGCCAUUUCCCACGAACUUGUUUGUGGUUUCAAAGACUGUCAUCAGACCUGAAUUACCCAUUAGAAGGCCAAGGCGACCACCUAGAGCCCAGGUUCAGACUAUGGUCCAGUAGGCCUUAGUCUUGGCUCGGAACUCCAGCUCUGGCUGUGAGAGGGCCUUCUUUGAGUUGGCAGACAAAUCAAAGUAAUAGGAGGAGUUAUAGUGAGAGGUUAUAUGGAGUAAUAGGAGGAGUUAUAGAGAGAGGUUAUAUGGAGUAAUAGGAGGAGUUAUAGGGAGAGGUUAUAUGGAGUAAUAGUUAUAGGAGGAGUAAUAGGAGGAGUUAUAGAGAGAGGUUAUAUGGAGUAAUAGGAGGAGUUAUAGGGAGAGGUUAUAUGGAGUAAUAGGAGGAGUUAUAGGGAGAGGUUAUAUGGAGUAAUAGGAGGAGUUAUAGAGAGAGGUUAUAUGGAGUAAUAGGAGGAGUUAUAAAGAGAGGUUAGAUGGAGUAAUAGGAGGAGUUAUAGGGAGAGGUUAUAUGGAGUAAUAGGAGGAGUUAUAAGGAGAGGUUAUAUGGAGUAAUAGGAGGAGGUAUAGAGAGAGGUUAUAUGGAGUAAUAGGAGGAGUUAUAGGGAGAGGUUAUAUGGAGUAAUAGGAGGAGUUAUAGAGAGAGGUUAUAUGGAGUAAUAUGAGGAGUUAUAAGGAGAGGUUAUAUGGAGUAAUAGGUGGAGUUAUAGGGAGAGGUUAUAUGAUGUAAUAGGAGGAGUUAUAGAGAGAGGUUAUAUGGAGUAAUAGGAGGAGUUAUAGAGAGAGAGUUAUAUGGAGUAAUAGGAGGAGUUAUAGGGAGAGGUUAUAUGGAGUAAUAGGAGGAGUUAUACAGAGGGUUAUUUAGAGUAAUAGGAGGAGUUAUAGAAAGGUUAUAUGGAGUAAUAGGAGGAGUUAUAGGGAGAGGUUAUAUGGAGUAAUAGGAGGAGUUAUAGAGAGAGGUUAUAUGGAGUAAUAGGAGGAGGUAUAGUGUGAGGUUAUAUGGAGUAAUAGGUGGAGUUAUAGGGAGAGGUUAUAUGAUGUAAUAGGAGGAGUUAUAGAGAGAGGUUAUAUGGAGUAAUAGGAGGAGUUAUAGAGAGAGAGUUAUAUGGAGUAAUAUGAGGAGUUAUAGGGAGAGGUUAUAUGGAGUAAUAGGAGGAGUUAUAGGGAGAGGUUAUAUGGAGUAAUAGGAGGAGUUAUAGAGAGAGGUUAUAUGGAGUAAUAGGAGAAGUUAUAGUGAGAGUUUAUAUGGAGUAAUAGGAGGAGUUAUAGAGAGAGGUUACAAAGAGUAAUAGGAGGAGUUAUAUGGAGAGGUUAUAUGGAGUAAUAGGAGAGGUUAUAGGGAGAGGUUAUAUGGAGAAUGGUUUGGGAGAAUGUUACUUAUAUAACAAGAAUAUCAUUGUAUCUAUCCAGACACCAGGUGAAGUAGGUGAUCACUGUUACUAUCAAGGCCACGUGAGAGGGAUUGAGGGAUCAUGGGCUGCCAUUUCUACCUGCCACGGACUCAGGUGAGUGCCUUCCAGUGAGUAACUAUGUUCUGUCUUGCAUCUACCAACCUGUUUACGUUAAAACACUCAUCAUUUUUAAACUAUUGUCACACCAAAUUCACUAAUAAUAUCACUUUAAACACUUUAUGUGCAAAUACCAAAAGUGUCAAUGCAUUAAUCACUAACCUGGUGUUAUUCUUUGUCUGUUCUUACAGUGGUGCCUUUUCUGAUACCUUGUACACAUAUACAUUAUUUCCUAUGGAACACAACGUGGAGGUAAGCAAUUCUUAAUUCAUCAUAAAACAUGAAUGAAUACAUUCUAGCAAAAUAAAUACAUAGAUCUGUGUAUACAGUUUAUGAUUGGUCCACACAUUUGGCUACAUACUUAUAGCAUUAUUAAUUACAAGACAAUCUUAAUACUGGCCAGUAUUAUUGGUAAAAAAGCAGCUUGAUUGUGGAGUGAAUUUAUGUGAGUGAAUAUAUAUCUCUAAAAGCCUGAGAUGGUAUUAUUUUACUUUUAUAUUAAAUGAUUUUCUAGAUUAAAGAAACACAACAAGUACUAUAACCACUACAGCGCGCUGUACUGAUAUGAACGAAGCUGUGUUAAGGAGAUAUUUCUUCCAGCAUAUCAUUAAUGGGAGGGGAGCUGAAAUCGUGGUUUCUGUCCAAACACAAGCGACCUGUUAAUUUCCUAAUCUUGGGAUGGCUGGGACAUUUAUAGCCCAGAACUGCAUUGUGUCUAGGGACACCCAUACUGCACAAGGGUGGUCACAAUAAGCAGCAUUGUAGGCUGGUUAUAUUUUACGCUCAGGAAGUAUUGGAGUGGCCCUGUGCAGCCAUUUCAAUGAAUGUGCUAAAAGUCUCCAAUACUUAUCUGUGAGAAGUAUUUGACGAUCGUAGCAGAGGAGGAGCAGAGGCCGAGAAGACCCUCUCCCAGGGCAGGAAUAAAAGGGAGUUUAAUAGUUACUGUAAUUUGUAACAAACAAGAAAAACAAGAGGCAGUAACGUAAAAUAAGGGAAGAUUUAUGUUUAUUAAAUAAAUAAAUACAUAUAAAAAUAAGGUAUGCUUACAUACACAUUUACACUAUCUCCUUGAUUUUUUAUAUUGUUUUAUCGUUCUCCUAAAUUAUAUUGCUUUUAGAAGAUGGACAGAUGGCCUCAUGUGAUCCAACGCACAACAAGAUGCACAAAACCAGGUAUACAGUGACUUGUACACAUGUCAUCAUCCCUACAGAUGUAAUUACUCGUGAUGAUCUGUAAGAGAUGGGGUCAGUACACAGAGCGUCCAUAUCUCUGCAUGUGAUGUAUAUCUAAUUGUAGAGAGAUGGUCUCUUUUUUACUGUCGGGAGAGAUUUAUCAUAGCUAACAGGAGAAUGGUCAAAAAUUCAAAGUUGAAUUUCCGAUUUAAGACCAAAAUCGCCAACCCGAAAACAAAAUUGACUUAGAAAUGUUUAUCUAAUUUAAUCUUAUUUUUUUUUUUAUAUACCUUGAAAUUUACUUUGAGUUCACUUCGAACUUCUUGCAAUUCUCACAUUAAUUAUUGUUCUGUUCUAAAACUUGGCGCAAAAAUAAAAAAUGGGAGGAGUCAUCAAUGUGAUGUGCUUGUUCUAUUGGUUUCCAUGGUAAUGGCCCCACUUUUGGCACUCAAUACCACAUUUUAGAAUGUAGCACUUUGAAAUUCUUUAAAAAAAAAAUAUUUUAUUUGUACAUAGUUAGCCAUGCUGUCGUAGUACAGUCAGAGCUGUAUACAAUGUACAUUAUUUAAACAGCAAGUAAGUAUCUGUUCACUACAGCAAAGGGCUCUUUUUUUUUUUUUAUUCUUUGUCUUGGGUGUGUGUGUGUUUGUAUGUGUGUGUGUUUGUAUGUGUGUGUGUGUGUGUGUUUGUAUGUGUGUUUGUUUGUUUGUUUACAUAAUACUCACAUAUUGAUAUCAUGUUUCUGUGCUUCAGGUUGUGAAUUUCACAAAGAGAUUCCUUCCAGCUCCAAAAUCCGCAGGAAAAGGCAGGUAAGUGUAAUGGUUAAUUUGAGGGUGUAUGUGUAUUCCUUUAAGUGUACGUGUAUGGCUAUAGCUUACAGGUUAGAAUGAAUGGGUUGUAAUGAAAAAUUAAAACAUAACCCAAGAGAAUGAAAUUGGGUGCAAAUUACGUGCUCAUGAAACUGAUCAACAGGGGGUGAUAGAGUAACGUGAAAGAUGUACAGCUGGGGUACCUUGGGUCUUUAGUGGACUUAGAGAUAUCACAACCGUACCCUUUGAAGCUCACAGCCAUUCCUGGGAGCUCAAGCAGCGCUUUAUAUAACUCUCCGUCUCACUGCAUACCACCAGCCUGUGCUUGCCGUAUGCAGAGGUACAGACAGUGAUCAACGAAAACCUUUGGAAGCCCCUCGAUGGAUUCAGCCAUUGGUAACAUAUAAAAUAUCAUUUCUUUGACAUUCCUUGAGAGUGUUAACAUGUAAAUGAUCAUCUUUGGUGUAAUGUAAUCCCACUAAAGGUCUUACUGUAAGUAAGAAUGAUUUACCAUGUUCUUAGAAAAAAGCCCAACCCUUAUUAAUAGAUUAUUUGCUGUAAUAAACACUCAGCAGUUUUAAGGCGAGAUCUAUAAAUAGAUGUCAUUGGUUGCUCUAAUUAAACCAUGGCGGUGUCUUGAUCUAUAUCAAUAAAUAUGUGUACUGGUUUCACUUACUUUUCCCAGGUCCGUCGGACGGUCCAUUCGGCUCUAACUGAAACCAAAUACAUCGAGCUUAUGGUUGUGAACGAUCGACAGCUAGUAAGUAUUAUAGCACAGAGAGUGGAUUUCACAUCUUAGUAUCUAUGGGAGUCAUAUUUAUGGUGGUAAAAUAGGUGCUGUACUUAGAUAAAUGUCUAGAUUGAUGUAAUUGCCAUAGAAACCAAUGGAAUGUUAAUGUUGCUUCAUCCCAAUGUAACAUUUUUAUCCCUAGACUGCUCCAUUUCUUCCUUGAUAAACAUGGUCCGUAAUAGGCCCAAGAUUGAUAGGAUUACGAUACCAUCUGUCCACCUCUCUGUCUGUCUGUGUGUCUGCUUAUUUACUAAAAUGAGAAUUCAAAGUUAAUUCUUAGUGAAUUUCAAUUUUAAGGCAAAGACAGCUGAACUUAAAGCUUAGCUGGCUUAGAGAAUUUUUCCAGUUCGGCUAUUUUGACUUUGAAUUCUCACUUUAGUAGGUAACCCUGUAUAGUUCUUUAGUCAUUCUUUAUCUCUCUUUCUCUGGAUUUAAAUAGCUCAUAAAUAGAGCAGAUUCUGUUUCUGCACUGAUGUACAUUUAUUAAAAGAGAUCUGUAUAGUUAUAUCACAGUCCAGUCUAGUGGUUGCUCCACUUAUGGGGAGAUGUGAUAGUUACAGCUACUUUUCUUGAGAACCCUGCUGUGAGUGGUGGGAGUGGUGCUCUUGUCAUUGCGUCUGGUGAUACCAUAAUCACAUCCGGUCUUACCUUUGUAUGUUUCUCUAAUUCUCUUACAGUUUGUGCAGCACCAUAAAUCUGUAGGCCUCACCAGUGGUUUUGCCAAAUCGGUUGUGAACUUAGCUGAUGCUGUGAGUAGCCCACCUGAGACUGAGAUUUUUGUACACCUGUCUAUAUUACACCUUGCUGCUUGGCGAUAUUGGCCCCCCUAGAGUAUAAAUCAUGCCGUUAUCUUUAAGAUAUUUCACUGUUACUUAGUUGAAAUUCCUCCCAAAGGACAACAUUUCAUUACAAACGAGAUAUUUUAAAAACUUAACCUCUUAAGUACGUUUGACAUUCAAUAAUGUCAUGACAAUCAGGACUUAAAGACCCUAAACUGACAUAGAGUGCAGUGCUACAGAGGAGUUUAUGUGAUAUUGAAUGGGGAUAAGGAAUAAUGACUGCAAAAAGUCAGUGAUGUCAAGUUAAUUAUUCAUUAAACUGGAAUUGUAAAAACUACCACGGGAAUUGAAAAUUCAGGAGGAAGUAGGCAUGUAGUAAAAUAGCUAAAUUGGCACAUUUUUACAAUUUAGGCUUAAAUUUGCAGUCCCAAAUUAAAGCCAUCACUAUUUAGUUUCCUGUCUGAUUCCAGUUUUAUAUUUUCAGGAGUAAAACUUACUGCAAAUUUUGUAAAAACUAAUAAACAAACAAACCAAGCUGGGUUAUUCAAUAAUAAUAAUAGCAAACUUUAGCUCAAUACUGAAUUGGAAGCAAUUCUUCAAUUCUGCAAUUCUUGUUUUGUUUUGGUCUAAGACUUGCAAUUCUUCAUGGUUUAGUGGAUAGAAACUGAAGAUUUUAAAAACAUUAUUAGGAUAGCUUGCCUCUAAACUUUAAAAUGGGCAUAAGUUGUAAUAAUAAUAAUGUUUUUUUCCCCAUAAGAUUUGCAUAAUUUUAAUUGUUCAAAUAACGACCCUAGAGCUGGGAUUCCUAACUCUGACACAACAUGUUUUUGUUAACUACAAUUCCCAUCAUACUCCCUAACAUUUAACAGUUCUUAGGCUUACUAUCCAUGCAUAGUGGUACUUUUUAAAAAUGUAUUAUUUAUUUUAAAAUAAAUUAACGUGUAUUAGUCUCUUACUGCCCCUCAAUAGCUUAUUUGUUUGUGGCUAUGUAAACUCCUUAGUCGUUAUCAGAUUACGUUUGACAUCACAGACUUUUAUUUCAUAAAACAUUGUGCAAGGGAUAAGCUAAAGGAAUACACUAAGCACCACAACAACUACAGCACACGGUAGUGGUUAUGGUGCUAGGAAUUCCCUGACACCCCACCAUUGUAAAUAGUAAAACCGUUUUGGAAUGAUUUGAAUUCUUACUGAGGGUCUGCUAGGUGCCGCUCCUUGCCUCCACUACUUCUGACAUAGAGACAGUAGCUAAACUAUUUUAAAACGGUUUGACUACUUACAAUGGGGUGGCACAAGGCGACUCUUGGCACCAUAACGACUGCUCUUAAAUGUGGUUAUGGUGCUUGGAGUGUUGCUUUAAACAAUUAGGCUGAGUUGUUAUGGGUUUCAGUAUGGACUCUGCCCUUGAUGAGAGUCCUUGGUAAAAUAGCAUACUGAAAUCCUUCAGGAAAUGAAUAAAAGCCCCUUAAUUCAUCUCUGACUGGACUAAUUUGGGAUUGUCAGUGUCCUCCACCUCUCUGCCCCUUCUACCUCCACAGAUUCCCUAAUCAGUUCCCUACUCCUUCCUCUGGUCCCCACCACCCCACCACCACUUUCAUUCCUCGCUUCACACCCCUAGAUUUUUAGGGACCAAUUGAAUACGAAGAUUGUAUUAGUCGGCAUGGAAACGUGGACGUCUGCAGAUAAGAUAUCUAUGAGUGAGGACCCUCUGCAAGUGUUGGAAGACUUCAUGAGGUAUCGGAGUACGGAGAUCCCAGAGUACAGCGACACAACUCACCUCUUCUCGUGAGUCUUAUAGGGUUAGCGACAACUUAUUCUAUAACUCAUAGACAAUCACACAUUAUGCUCAUAACUUCACAUUAUCGUUAAAUUACAUGAUAAUCACUGGACAUUACCAUUACUCUGCUUUGCAUAUAUAUCGGAUUAGAUCUUACCAUUUUAAGCAGAUAUACCAUUUUCUUUUUUUUUAUCUCAGUAAUUUAUUCAUUAUUAAAUGUCUAAUGUUCCAAAAAUGUUUCCAUUUUGCAAAUUAUUGUUUUGUCAAUUUAUCAUUCACUGUUCCUUAUGGGCCUUCUUCUCAGCCAUCUUUUUCAUUAUCUUAUAAAGGAAGGGAAGCCAAUUAACCAUCUGUCAACAGGAAGGGAAGACCAUUAUGUGAUAUUUGCCAUAUGUUUAUUAAAGAAUAACUUAAACUAGGAUACACUGAAGAAAAACAAACAAAUAAACACUCACACAAUAUCAAAAGAACGGCUCGCUGUAGUGAUCAUGUUUUGUAGAGCCUGUGGACACUGUGUCUUAGAUUUAUGUCAAACCUUACGUCGGAUCUUGAAGACAAUACUGACAUUGUUAAUGCAGAAGUGUAAAUUUCAUCUUAUUACUAGAGAUGUCGCGAACCGUACGCGAACUUUUCGCGAACGGUUCGCCGCGGUUCACCGCCUUCAACAUGGAUGCUGUCCAGGAGGUGGGAGGGUCUGGGAGGGAGGGUCUGCUGGAGAUUGGCCGGGACGUGUCAGCUGACCGGAGUUCGCCCCGAACGGUUCGUGGUGAACCGCGGCGAACCGUUCGCGACAUCACUACUUAUUACUGGGACACUAUAGGCACCCAGACCACUACAUCUCAUUAACAGUGCAAUACAAAACAUUGCGGUUUUCAGAGAAACGGCCUUGUUUAUAUUGCAGGGUGAAGACGUGCGCUAGUGGUUGUCUCCCAGAUAGCCACUAGUAGUACUUCCCGUGUCUUGCAGUUUAACUCUGUGUAACUCUGUGAUACAACCACAGACAUCCUCACACUUUGCACGAGUAUGUUCAGAAUCUGCAAAAUCCCCAUAGGAAAGCAUUAACAAUGCACAUGGCUAACGCUGUGCAUGCCCAUUAAGUUCCCCCCAUCAGCAUGACGUCACUGAGUGAAGAGGGCUAUCAGGUACAUGUCGAAAAGGUUUUUAAGAUUGAAAGGGGCAGUAUAGAUUUAGGAAUACAGAUUGGGCCGACUGUCUAUUCCUCUCACGUAUUUGCUGGUGAUGAACUGUAUAAUAUGGGUAACUGCAAACACACUAACCUACCAGCUACCCCCCAAACAUCUGCAUCCCUUAAAACGUAAUGCCAGUGGGCAGGAUAUAAGGGCACGUCACCUGCGCUGCUUAAAGGAGGCAGACCUGGGCAAACGCACAUUGUGGGGAAUUCAAAGUACAUUUUCGAAUUGAAGACCAAAGUAGCCAAACUGGAGAAAUUCUCCAGGUCAGCAAUGAUUCCAUCUCAGCUACUUUGGCCUUAAAUUAGAAAUACAUUUUUGAAGUUACUGAAAUUCCUGACUUUAGUAAGUAACCCUUGGUGUUACAGUUGGUGUUUAUAAAAUUCCCUCAUAGAAUCCAUAAUCUUGCCUUUUGUAGGUGGGUAGUUCACUGUUGUGUUGCAUAAUUCAGGCUAAAUUAGUAGAACUGUAAGUAAAUCUUCACCCAAGUUAUGGAUGCUUCUUUUGUCUUACUUUAUGUCAAACAUUGUCCCCCUCACUCAACUGUAUUUUUUAUAUCUAGAGGGCGCACAUUUAAGAGCAGUCGCAGCGGGACAGCGUAUUUUGGGGGGAUUUGCUCCCCGACCCAAGCCGGGGGCGUGAAUGAGGUUAGUGUGUUAGUAAUGUAAAACUGUAUUGUAUAAUUAAACGAACACUCCAAGCAUCGUAUCCAAACACUAUAUAUUUCACGUCUUACUGCCUUUACUUUAACAGCUAUGUUUGUUAAAAAAAAAAAAAAAAAUUUGCAUUAAAAUUUGUUUGUUAUCUUUUAGCAGAAGAACAAUGCAUAAUUUUACUUAUAGUUUAUUAAAGGAAGCGUAUGGGCACCAUAACAACUUCAUUGAAAUAAAGUUGUUAUGGUGCCCAGAGGUCCCUGACCGGGUGCUGCUGGGGAAAGGGAGAUCCAGCACUGAAAAGCGACCUUUGGGGUUAAACAGUUCAAGAAUGGUUUAAGCCCUUCAAGUAAGAAAGCACCAGGGACCUCUGGGCACCAUAACAACUUAAUUUCCAUGAAGUUGUUAUGGUGCCCAUACUGUUCUUUUAACAAAACUAGUUACAAAGUGUGAUGUGUUUGUAUACAUUGACUUUUGCAGUUUGCAUGCUGACAAUUGCAUUUUCUUUCUGUGUGUAGUAUGGCACUAUUGGUGGCAUGGCUGUAACUUUGGCAGAGACCCUUGGACAGAAUCUCGGGAUGAUGUGGAAUAAACCCCGCACAUCAGCUGGUAACACCCCAAUGUGGAAUAUGGAUCUACAUGCUUUAACCCAAGCAAUGCCUGAUGAAGUGCAGUAAUGUGACUUUCUCUCAAUAGGUGACUGCAAGUGUCCAGACCUGUGGCUGGGUUGCAUCAUGGAAGACACGGGGUAUGUGACACACAAGGUCACAAUAAAAUGAAAAGUGAAUGCAUGUAUCCAGCCUCAGGAUUUGAUCCAACAUAUGAGAUACAUUGGGUGUAAAGUGUACAAGAGCCUUGAUCAAACUUUCUGCCAUUAUUUUGGAAUGUUCUUAUUUUGGGCCUGUUUAUUCCCUUGUGUGCUUCAGAACGCCAGAAUUGUACUUUUUAUGCUCUUUUUACUUUUGUCUGUCAUUUUUAGUUUGCGGCUUUAUUUUAUCAUUUGACCCCAUUUUUGACCAGACCAAUAUGUAUAUAUAAAAAAGUAUUUUUUGACAAAUGUUAACACUUAGCGCUAUGGCAGAUUUUUUUUUCUAUCCUGGUAAGUAAUUGUCGAGGAAGAAAAAUUGUUGCAUUCAAUUGACAAAGUAAAAACCGAAAAGACAUACAGACUUGACACCAGGGAAAUAUUAAGGCAGAAACUGCAGUUUUUAUACAUGAUCCCCAAUGAGUCCUGUAAAAUUUGUUGACGUCUCCAGUGGGAAACAACUCACUAAACCCAACAGUUAGUACAUUGCAGAGAACAUCGGCUUAGAUUCCUGUUCCUCGCCCAUUCAUUUAAAGGAUAUACCGUAAUCUGCUUUUGUUGGCGAUUCUUUUUCCAGGUCUUUUAAAUUUUUUAUAUUUCUGACUUUAUUCCAAUGUUCAGAAUGCGAGGGGAAUUUGAAGUAUCCUACAAAUAAUAAUUAGAGACAUGGAAUGGUUAGGACGGGAUUAGAUAUGUAAACCGGGGGAUGGGGAGGGGGCAUUCCAUGUUUCAUCAUGUCCCAUAAUAGUUUACUGGCAUUCUGGGCAUUUAUAGAAUAAAAGGCUGCGACUACUUGAUACAAGUGCCAGAACAUGUAGCCAUUACAUUACUAUGAGCUUGUCUCUCCAACUGACGGUGUACAUCAAAUGUCGCUUCUAAAUACAAACGCAAGUUACCAUUGUAUUAUUGGUAACUUUUUAAUUUUUAUUACAAAAAAUUAUACUUCUUCUUCUUCUAAAGGUAUUAUCUACCACAGAAGUUCUCUCGCUGCAGUAUUGAUGAAUACAACCAAUUUCUGCAAGAUGGAGGUGGAAGCUGUCUUUUUAAUAAACCUCUCAAGGUAAGAAGACAGUCUUCAAAUAACAAUACAUUAAAGGGACACUAUAGUCACCAAAACAACUCUAGCUUAAUGAAGCAGUUUUGGUGUACAGAUCAUGCCACUGAAGUUUCAUUCUUAAUCUCUGCCAUUAAUGAGUUAAAUAAUUUCGUUUUUGUUAAUGCAGCCCUAGCCACAACUCCCCUGGCUGUGACUGACAGAACCUGCAUAAAAACAAAAUGGUUUCAUUUUCAAUCAGAUGUUAACUUACUUUAAACGUUUUUAUUUCCUGUUCUGUAAAUUAAACUUUACAUACAGUAAACUAAUUACACACAGUAGGCUCCAGUAGCAUCUAACAAGUUAAUAACAGAGCAGGAGAUAAGGAAUUCUAAAUUAAAUAGAAUAUGCAAUAAAGGAAGUGUAAACAUUAGGUGACUCUUUACAGGAAGUGUUUAGGAAGGCUGUGUAAGUCACAUGCAGGGAGGUGUGACUAGGGCUGCAUAAAAAAGUGAUUUAACUCCUAAAUGGCAGAGAGUUGAGCAGUGAGUCUGCAGGGGCAUGAUCUAUACACCAAAUCUGCUUAAUUAAGCUAAAGUAGUUAUGGUGACUAUAGUGUCCCUUUAACUAUACACCAAUUCUGUACAAUGUAGUUAUUUGACUUCACAAAGCAAACACAAUUACUUGUUUGAUUCUGAAGUGCACGUAUACCUAUUCUAUUCCUUCUCUUGUGGUGUCCACAAAUAGCCAUUAUCGGUGUCUCAGAUUGAAUAUCUUCCUGUCUUCUUUACCCAGUUCCAGGUCUAGCAGCUGGCGUCAGGCAAGGAAACUGAGACUUUUGCCUUUCCUCAACAAAAGUAAUCUCAGCAUGGCCAUGGGAAUUCUAUGUCAAUGUGGCAUUAGACUGGGCAUGGCUGUCUUGCUAAAUAUCUUGUUAGAUAGCAUUGUCAGAAAAAGGCAUGGGCUGUAAUGAUACAAAAGCAAUGCUGUCCAUGUUUUGUUUGAGAAAAAACAAAUAAGUAAUUUGUUGAGUGAUAUGUGGUGGUCUCUACAACAUUCUAUAGGGAUAAACUCCAAGAUCGAGAAGGGAAUUUCUGAAACUUGUUGUUUUAGAUUUGCAGAGAGCGAAAGCCUGUCUAAAAGCAAGUUUUCAAGAUUCAAUAAGCAUGUACGGAGAGUCAGUGGUGGUCUGCCUAGCGCAGUGAUACACCACAUAAUAGAUCCUAAUCAAUGACUAUUCCAGGAGAGCAACGAUUGCCCUCGAAACUUGAUGAUCACGUCAAAAGCUGUGCCACCUGAAAAAAUACUCCAUGUCCAAUAAAAACAACUGUUGUAUCACAAAACGAAGGGGAAUAUAUGAAGUGCAAUUGUAUUGUUUAUUUGUGUGCAAGAAGAAGGAAGUAGCACCUUGGACAACUCCUCAGAUACAGGUCAAUAUGCAACGAGAAGAGAGGAGAAGUAGAAUAUAGUGUAGUAUGUAACUUUUUGAUUAAAGAAAACAAAAGGAGAUGCACUUACAGGGUAUGGAGCUGAUAAACUUUAAUUUAGCAUGUCUGGGCAAUACAAUCCCCGAAUGUGGAUAUGUAAUUGGUAUCUUGGUCCAAUAGGGGAUAAUCCUAUAAAAUCCCAUAUAAAUAAAAGGGAUAAUGUGUAUAUACAUUACACUCAUAUGUACUUACAUGACAAAUCUCACUAUUAUAUAAAAAACAAUAUAAAGGUAUAUCUGAACAUCAAUUUACAGUACGUAUGCAAAAUACAUAAAGUAGUUAAUGUAAAUAUAUGAACAUCAAUAAACAGUACCUGUGCACAAUGUAUAAAAUAGUGCAGAUAAAUGGCAGAACAGCUUGUAAAAUUAAAAUAAAUAAAAUGGAUAAGAGGUAAUAAAACAGCAUAGGAGUAAAUAAUAUUAAUAAACAGUAAAGUCAAAACAUAAUUAUAUAUAUAAAAUUGGAGAUAGUAGAUAUAUAAUAGUGAUGAAUAAAAAUACAACGAUAAAUAAAAAUGGGGAUAAAAACAGAGUAAACUCUAUAAAACUUACUUGUGUUGUUGAAAUCCAGGUUGAUAGGUACUACGAUCACUUUUGUUUUGUUUUAGUCUAAUAGGUUGACCUGCCUCACCACACAACAAGCCUAUUAUUCCUGGUUAUUUUUUAUUUUGCUUACACUGUUCGUAAGUUGCAAUACUAGCUGUCUUCUGUUGGAGGAGUUCUUAGUUGGAGGAGUACUCAUUGCAAUGCCACCACGCUUAAAUGGUACUCAUUGCAAUGCCACCACGCUUGAAUGGUACUCAUUGCAAUGCCACCACUCUUGAAUGGUACUCAUUGCAAUGCCUCCAUGCUUGAAUGGUACUCAUUGCAAUGCCACCACUCUUGAAAGGUACUUAUUGCAAUGCCACCACUCUUGAAUGGUACUCAUUGCAAUACCACCACGCUUGAAUGGCACUCACUGCAAUGCCUCCAUGCUUGAAUGGUACUCAUUGCAAUGCCUCCACGCUUGAAUGGUACUCAUUGCCAUGCCACCAUGCUUGUUUGGUACUCAUUGCCAUGCCACCAUGCUUGAAUGGUACCCAUUGCCAUGCCACCAUGCUUGAAUGGUACUCAUUGCAAUGCCACCACGCUUGAAUGGUACUCAUUGCCAUACCACCACGCUUAAAUGGUACUCAUUGCAAUGCCACCACCCUUCACUGGUACUGAUUGCAAUAGCACCAUCCUUUACAGGUACUUAUUACCAUGACCCCACCCUUAACUGAUACUGAUUUAACACUCCCGCGCUGGUACUCAUUGCUAUGCCCCUAUCGAUAACUGUCACUGAUUGCCUUUUUCCCUAUAUAAUUUGUACUGAUGACCCUACCUUGAACGGCUACUGAUUCCACACUGCUGAGCAAGUACUCAUUGCUAUGCACCAACCCAGAAUUAAUGUUGAUUACUAUGCUACCUCCAAGAAUUAGUAUUGAUUACUAUGCCCCCUCCUUGAAUUAGUAUUGAUUACUAUGCCAUGCCACCACCCUUAAAUGGUACUUAUUGCAAUGCCACCACCCUUAACUGGUACUCAUUGCAAUGCCACCAUGCUUAAUUGGUACUCGAUUCCAUGCCACCACCCUUAACUAGUACUCAUUGCAAUACCACCACCCUUAACAGGUACUCGGUACCAUGCUGCCCCCCAUAAAUGGUACUCAGUGCCAUGCCACCAUCUUUAUCUGGUACUUAGUGCAAUGCCACCACCCUUAACUGAUACUCAUUGCAAUACCACCACCAAUAACUGGUACUCAGUGCAAUGCCACCACCCUUAACUGGUACUCGGUUCCAUGCCACCACCCUUACCUGGUACUCAUUGCAAUACCACCACCCUUAACAGGUACUAGGUGCCAUGCCACCACCCUUAUCUAGUACUAGGUGCAAUGCCACCACCCUUAACUGGUACUCAGUGCCAUGCCACCACCCUCAACUGGUACUUAUUACCAUGCUACCACAUGUUAUUAGUGCUGGUUGCAAUGCCCUCACCCUUAACUGGUACUGAUUCAACACUCCUAAACAGGUACUCAUUGCUAUGCCCUUAUCGGUAAUUGUCACUGAUUGCCAUUGUCCAUCCAUAAUUGGUACUGAUGCCCCUACUUUGAAGGGCUACUGAUUCCACACUGCUGAGCAAGUACUCAUUGCAAGGCACCCACCCAGAAUUAGUAUUGAUUACUAUGUCCCCUCCUUGAAUUAGUAUUGAUUACUAUGCCCUCUCUGUGAAUUAGUAUUGGUUACUAUGCCCUCUCCUUUAAUUACAGUAUAUACUCGAGUAUAAGUCUAGUUUUUCAGCACAUUUUUUGUGCUUAAAAACCCCCACUCGACUUAUACUCGAGUCACUGUCUGUAUUAUGGCAACUUAGAGAGCCGCGACCAUCAGAGCCAUGGCAACGAUCCGCGCGGCAACCAGACCGCGAGACUUACAGUGGAGCUGACCGGAACGGAGGAGAAGGGAGCUGACAGGAGCUGCAGGAAAGGUAAGUAAAUGCCUCCUGCCGGCUCCCCUCCUACACAGCCCAUGCCACUGGACCACCAGGGAUUAAGAUAGCCCCCCUCCCUGACCAGUUAACAAGCAGGGAGGGGGGGACAAAAACAAUUAAAAUAAAAUAAAAAAUUUUAAAUAAUAAAAAUGCCCUCCCCCCACCCAGUUCACACACACUACCCAAACACACACUCUGCAUUAUAUACACACACACACUCAUACAAACACACACUCUGCAUUAUAUACACAGUGUGUGUAUAUAAUGCAGAGUGUGUGUUUGUAUGAGUGUGUGUGUGUAUAUAAUGCAGAGUGUGUGUUUGUAUGAGUGUGUGUGUGUAUAUAAUGCAGAGUGUGUGUUUGUAUGAGUGUGUGUGUGUAUAUAAUGCAGAGUGUGUGUUUGUAUAAGUGUGUGUGUAUAUAAUGCAGAGUGUGUGUAUAUAAUUAUAAAAAUCACAGAAUUUCAUAGCCCCAAGUUUUACCCUCGACUUAUCCACGAGGCACAGCAUAUUUCACAAUUGUUGGUCACAAAACUGCACUCGACUUAUACAUGAGAUCGACUUAUACACGAGUAUAUACGGUAGUAUUGAUUACUAUGCCCCCUCCGUGAAUUAGAAUUGGUUACUAUGCCCCCUCCUUUAAUUAGUAUUGAUUACUAUGUCCCCACCCUGAAUUAGUAUUGAUUACUAUGUCCCCACCCUGAAUUAGUAUUGGGUGCCAUUCUGUCUCCUUGAAUACUGAGUGCCCAUCCUGAAUGUGUGAUCAUUAACAAGCCCUGACUACAGUGCUCACUAUCCUGAACUCAUAUUCUUUGCUAUGCUUCCAUCUUGAAUUAAGCUCAUCGCUGUGCCCCCGUAAUGACCUGGAACAGAUUGAUUUGCUUCCACCAUGAACUAAUAUUGAUUGCUCGGCCUUAACAUGAACUCUUAGCAUGCAUAUUCUACUAACUGAGAUUAACAGACUUAACUCCGUCGUGGACACGCAGUGACAACUAAGUCUUUCUUUGUCCCUCCAUCCAGCUGCUUGAUGCUCCGUCCUGUGGGAAUGGAUUUGUGGAGUUGGGAGAGGAAUGUGAUUGCGGUUCUCCUACUGUGAGUAUCCUUGAUCUAUGCUAUGAGAUUCAGACAUCACAUAGAUGACGCGAAUAUGUACGAUUUUAUUGUCUUGUGCUGUCAUGGUGAUACUUUCAGUAUAUAAACCACGGGAUCCGAAAAAGCAAAAUGGUAGGGUAUGCAUUUUUUUUCUACUUAUUUUAUUUUCGAUUUUUUUUUUUUUUUAUUCUUUAUUUUUGCGGUGCAUGUAAAGAACAUUUGCAGGUACAUAACAUGACAUCGAGUGAUAUUGCGAAGGUGUAUGAGCACCAGACAUAUUGAGAGAGUUGCACCAUUUUUUGUAAAAACAAGCAUCAUAAACCAGAUAUAAUAUAACAAUAUUAAACUUUUAGUGUUUAAGCAGGGUACCCGGUGCGGUGUGGCAAUAUAUUCUAGAUUGUGUGUCCUAGUUAUGAUGUCGCUUGGCCUGAGCCCUAUCUUGAGAGUUGCUUGUCAUUUUGGUGGGUGCUGCAAGGGCAUCCCUGUCUCACCUAUGGUCAGUACCCUUUGGCCUGUGCUUGUGAGUAUGUGGUGCCUCCCUGGAGGCUAUCUAGGUGUGGUCGAGAGCUGGGUUGGGUGGGUCUAGGUUGGCACCACUAGAGUUAUUACUGUCAGUCGAUUGCUGUGUGGGUUGAAGUGGGUCUGUGGGUGUAGUAAUCUGUGGGUGCCUCUUGUCGUGGAGAGCUACGGUAUCCCGUUUUGGGGCCUAGAUAGAGGCGGUGUUGCGGCAAGUGAGUGGGUUGGUUUUGGCUUGUAAUACCCCUAACCAAGGGGGCUGCGUAGUGGGUGAUUAGCCCUAUUCCUGCUUGGUGGCCAGUGCUGAGAAAUCAGGCAGGCCUAUAGCUGGUGUCUCUGCUGCUUGUGGUGGUGUGUGUGCUGGAGGGUGGUCAGGUGUUUGAGCCUGAGGGUCGGCCGGGAUCUCCUGGUACCCUGGGCCCGCCAUUUUGGGCUGGACCUGUCACCGCAAAAGGGCCCCUAUGCCUUGGGAUACGUUUGGUGUACCUGUUGGGGAUUUCUGAGAGUGUCUCCCCAUGUUUGUGGGCUGCUGAUGAUGCUUUGUCCGUGCCCCAAUUCAGCUCUCCCUGGUGAGGGAUGCGCCCAAAGAGAUCCUCGAGGUGUACAGGGUAAUGAAAGGCCGCGGCCUUUUUCCGCUGCCGGUUUUGACCGGAUUUUGCUAAAAACGGCAUGUACCGGCACCGGGUGGCCUCCGCUUACGGGUACUCUCGCUGAUUGGGCUGGAUGGGCAGUGUAUCGAUUGAUUUUCGGCGGAUUGUGCAGAGCGCCGUCGGAGCAGUGAAAAAUGGUGCCUGCUUCGUUCCGCGGCUAAGCCCCGGCCCUAGAUUUUUAAUUUUAACAUUAAAGGGACCAUUGAAAUGUCCCCAAUUUUUAAUGCAUUAUUUAGACGAUGAAUUAACAAUAGACACAAAGAAAUAUAAAAAAUAAAGGAUUUAUUUGUUUUACUUCUUAUGUUCAUGCCAGACACAGAGGAGACAAUUUUAAAGCUGCUGUUUUAGGAAAUGAUGCGCAGGGACCUUAUGAUAACGACUCUAGGUUGUUAAGCACCAUAACCACAAUGUGCUACAUACCCCGGUCCUGGGUACCGACCCCCACCUUGACAGAUUGAUAACAUGAAAGAUCCAUUUCCACAUUAGCAGGAUCUGUUUCAUUCAUCUUUGGAUAUAUGAUGCUUAGACUUCUCCUAAAAGUUAAUAAUGAUGUAAAUGUUUCAAAUUCGAUGCUUUAGUGACUACGGUUCUGCAUGUCCAACAUUCCUCUGCAGGAAUGUGCUAAAUCUGGAGCCGGAAAUUGCUGCAAGAAAUGCACCCUUAGCCAUGAUGCCAUGUGCAGUGACGGCUUGUGCUGCAGAGGAUGCAAGGUAAGACCAUGGCUGUGAUAUCUAAUGGGUCUCUCUUGGGUGUAUGUGGGUAUUACCCACACUGAUCAACACAUAGACUUGCACCUGUGCCUGUUAAAACAUAUAUACAUGCAUGCAAUGAGUUCCUGAGAAAUCUAGAAUGCUUACAUUUUUCUUAAAGGACCACUCUAUGCACCCAAACAACUUGAUAUCUUACAGUACAGUGUGUUUGCUUUAGAAGAUAUUGUUUCCUGCUCUGUAAUUCACAGAGCGGGAGAUAAACACUUCUAAAUUAAACACACUGUUUAAAAAGGGAAGCUAAACUAUUUAGACUUCUUUUUCAGGAAGUGUGCAGGAAGACUGUGUAAGUCACCCAAAAAAGUAAUUUAACUCCUUAACUACAGAUAAUUGAGUAGUGGGACUGCAGGGACAUGAUUUAUAAACCAAAACGACUUCAUUAAAGAACAACCAUCAGCACGUUUUCUUCUAAUUUUUUAAGUGUUUAUUACAUUUAUUGAAACCUAAUUAGAUUUUAUUUGAAGAAUUUGUUUUUUUUUGGACAAAAUAGCACUUUCUCGCCUGGCAGAGUAGCAAUAUUGUGUCAGACUCUACUGUUACCUGACCAACUACUGUUCAUUCUAGCCUGCCUGCUACUGUAAUUUCACACAAAGCAAUCAGCGGGCAAAUUAAGUUGAACAGCAGUUGGUCAGAUAACAGUAGAAUAUGACCCAACGUGGCUGCUCAGCUAGAUGAAAAGAAAUGACAUUUCUUAAAAUGAAAUCAAUAUAUAUAUAUAAUUUAAAAAAAAUAGCAUUACAUUUCAUGAGAUGUAAUAAACUUUAAAAAAUAUAAGUAAAGAUUUGAUGACAGUUGUCCUUUAAACUAAAGUUGUUAUGGUGCUUAGAGUGUCUCUUUAAGCUAUUCUUUGACCCUUUCGUCACUCUCUGUCACUUAGGAUCUCAAAUUUAUAAUUUAAAUCACUGUAGUGUAAAACAUCUCUAUUCCUUUGCCUGCUCUAAAUUCAAACAAAGAAUGUCCGUGCUCACAUAGACCUUUUAAUUUAAUUCUUUUUAAAUAAGCAUUGCAAAUGUACACAAUCUGUUUGAAAAACUUUUCAAAUGUUUCUAUGUUUCUGUGAGUUAUGUUUCUAUGUUUCUAUGAUUUAUGUACAAAAUAUGCAUAGCCUUUAACCCCUUAAGGACACAUGACAUGUGUGACAUGUCAUGAUUCCCUUUUAUUCCAGAAGUUUGGUCCUUAAGGGAUUAAUGGUGACAUCCGCAGAUAAUCAUUUGAAACGUUUUUCUAACAGAUUGUGAUCAUUUGAAAAUCGUAUCCAAAAAUAUUAAAUCGACGCUUCAAUAAGAGAAUACUAAAAAACCCAUCAAGAAUCACCUAGCUCGUGAAACAAGUGACAACGCAUGUAUAUAUUUGACAAAACAUAAUUUUUUGCACAUUUGGCCAUCAUUUUGGGCAGAAUUUUUUUUAAAACUGGUUCACGGUUAAUAACUGCAAAAACGAAUGGAGCCUGCAUGCUAAAUAACCUGUCAAAGGAAAAUGUACUGUUCCGCCAGUCGCCAAUCUGCCACUUGCAAAAAAUAUACUGCUAAGUGCUAUGUUUUUUCUUCACAGUACGAGCCACGAGGAACAACUUGCCGGGAGCCUGUUAAUGAAUGUGAUGUGCCCGAGACCUGCCCUGGAGACUCCAGUGUGGUGAGUUCUGUUAAGAGGACGAUGAGAAAAUGAAUCAGGUGAUUGGUGUUAGUAAAAAUAAACACCUUUCUUUUUCAGUAACGAUCUCCUAUUUCAUGUUUACAGUGUCCGCCAAACCUACACAAACAAGAUGGAUACUUUUGCGACAAUGAACAGGUGAUAUUGCGCUUGUUGAUGUUUUAAAGCAUAAAAGUGUGUAAAGAUUAACCAACAGAUAAGAAAGUAUAGUGCAGGGAUAGGCAACCUUCGGCACUCCAGGGGUUGUGGACUAUAUCCCCCAUAAUGCUCUUGCACCCAUAAUGCUGGCAAAGCAUCAUGGGAGGUGUAGUCCAAAACAUCUGCAGUGCCGAAGGUUGCCUUUGCUUGGACUAUAGUGGACUGUGCAUGAUUCAGAUUAAUAUCUGAGAGGCCAGCCUUUGUUAACCUCCACACGGUCAGGGUAUGGCUCUAAAAGGGUUAAUAAUGUGUCACAGCUCAAUGAGCAUUGUUCUAUGAAUAUAUUCUGCAUUUUUGUGUGUCCCUGUAUUAUGGUCUUAUUGUUAGGACAUAUCUAGGUCAUACACUAUUUUUUUAAAUUUUCACUUAUAUUUACAUUUGCUCUCACAGUGAUACUGUUUCAAUUUAUUUGCUUUUAAUAGGGUCGAUGCUAUGGUGGCCGUUGUAAAACCAGAGAUCGUCAGUGCAAUGCAUUAUGGGGACACAGUGAGUUUUACAUAUUUAAUUCAUUUACAGGUGAAGUGCCAUAAAGCAACGGAAAGACACAUAGCCAACCAUUGUUAAAGGGACGCUCUAAGUACCAAAACAAGUUCAAUUCUCUGCCAUUUAGUAGUUAAAUCACUUGGUUGAUACAGCCCUAGUCAGAUCUGCCCUGCAUGUUACCACUCCUGUAAAGAGAGAUCUCAUUUUUAAACUUCUUUUAUUGCACAUCCUGUUUAAAGGGAUAGGCAUCACUUUGAGACAACUGUCUCAUUCAAAAGCGCUAGUUGAAAAAAUUCCCUUAGCUUUAAGGCGUACCCAACAAUGCAAUCUGACCAAGUUUAUAGAAUUUUUUAAACACUUAUUACAUACUUUUCACAUUUUUUUCUUGCUUUUAUGGUUUGUACGUUUGUUUAAAAGUGUUUGCUUGCUGGUUUAAAAAAAAAAAAAAGUCAAGUGAUUUUCCUUCCAAGCCUUAAGCAACUCCGUAUUUAUCUUUUUUUCAUUUAAAGGUAUCAGUGUCUCAGUACCUUAGGAAAACGUUUUUGAUAUCACCUCCCUUUCUAGACCUCUUCAUUAAACAUCUUGUAUUUGGUAUGGCUAAACCAAAGUAUAACAUGCAUUCUAGGUCUAAACAGCUCUCUAUUUUAACCAUGGGGAGUAAUCCCACGUUUUAUGGCCAAUGGUUAUUGUUCUGAAUGAAAUAAUACAAUAUAUAAUACAAUAAACUCACCAAAUGCACACCCUCUACGAAUAUAUUAAUUUAAAGGACCACUAUAGGCACCCAGAACACUUCAGCUUAAUAAAGUUGUCUGGGUGCCAGGUCCCUCUAGUUUUAACCCUGCAGCUGAAAACAUAGCAGUUUCAGAGAAACUGCUAUGUUUCACUGAGGGUUAAUCCAGCCUUUAGUGGCUGUCUCACUGACAGCCGCUAGAGGCCACUUCCGCAAUCCUCACCUUGAACGUCCAUAGGAAAGCAUUGAGUAAUGCUUUCCUAUGGGCUGUUUGAAUGCGCAUGUGGAUCUGACAUCGGCAGGGUGUGGAGAGUUCCCCAGCACAGAGGGAGCCCGGUGCUGAGGAAUGUAAGUGGCUGAAGGGGUUUCAACCCCUUCAGCCCAGCGGGAGGGGGGCCCUGAGGUGGUGGGGACACACACCCAAUGACCCUAUAGUGCCAGGAAAACGAGUUUGUUUUUCUGGUACUAUAGUGCUCCUUUAAGGCAGCUUGAUCUCAUUUUUCUGUACACGUAUUAGUAGCACAGAGAUACAAACCAUAAUGCUAAUCACUUGUGCUUGUUUUACCCAAGGCGCAUCUGACAGGUACUGCUAUGAAAAGUUAAAUGUGGAAGGGACAGAGAAAGGGAACUGCGGAAAAAAUGGAGAAACCUGGAUACAAUGUAGCAAACAGUAAGUAAACGGGUGCUGUAGGUCUUUGUUGACUCUUUAAGCUCUGAUAAAUACAAUCUUUAGCCACACUUGUUGCCUCUCCUAGGGAUGUGCUAUGUGGGUAUUUGCUAUGCUCCAAUAUUUCCGGAAUUCCGAGGAUCGGAGAGCUGAACGGAGAUAUCACCAGUAUGAGCUUCUACCAACAUAAUCGAUACCUGGACUGCAGGUAAGACAGCAGGGUCAUGAUCUGUAAACAAAAAUUAUUUCUUUAAACUAAAGUUGUUUUGGUGCUUAACCCCUUAAGGACACAACUUCUGGAAUAAAAGGGAACCAUGACGGAUUAUUUCCGUCAAGUGUCCUUAAAGGGUUAAGGACCAAGCUCCAUUUGUUUGUUUUUCACUUAAGGACCACAGCAAUUUUUGCGUUUUUGCUAUGUGUGUGUGCAGCAGCCAUUUUCAAUCUCUCAUUUAUUGCACCAACACAUAUUAUAUACUAUUUUAAAAGGACAAAAAAAGGGCAUUAUUAUUCUGAUGUGACAUAUUCAUAAAUAAAUUCUGAUUUAUUAUUAAAAAAAAAAAAACCACUUGUAAAAAAACACAGUUUUGGUGAUAAUAAUGUGUGCAUAAUUAGUGCAGCAUAAGAAAAGUAAUUCAAAAUAAAUUAAUUUAUUUGUUCUAAUUUACAGAGUAUAUAAUAUGUCUAGGAUUUCAAUUUAUUUUUGGUAAAUUCAGGUCACAAAAUAUAAGGAGCAAAAUAAAAGAAAAUUGCCACACAAGUGUAGAUAUUUAUAUAAAGUAGACAUCAUACGCAACUUACCUAUGGCAAUUUUGAUAGUUAUUAUGUAGAAAUUUAGCUGCCAAUCACUGCUAAAUAUUGUAGCAGAAUUAUUUUUUUUUUUAUAAUUUUUAUCAUGCACACAUAUAACAUAUUUUCUUAAUGAGUAUUUUGUAAACCUGAUGUGUGCUAUUACUGUACAAAACAACAUAUUGUGUUCCGCUACAUAUUCUGAUUACGGCAAUACCCCAAAUGUAUGCCUUUGUCACUAUCCAAUGAAGCUACAGCAUCAUGUAGGAAACUUGACCAUUUCAGUUUUUACAGUUAGAAUUUGUAAAGGUGGAUUUGAUUGGCCUAUGUCUCAUUUUGGGGCAAUAUAGCAGCUUGACUGUUCAAAUUACCCCACAAAGGCCUACCAUUUUUGAAAGGAGACAUUCCAGGGUGUAUAAUGUGCCUUAGCCUAAUGCCAUUUUUUUCACCAGUUUAUGUCAAAGUUUAUGAUAAAAGUCUUUUGGGUGUGUGCGCAUUUUAUACAUACUCAUUAAAAUGUAACUGGCCAUUUCUGAUAUGUACCACUAUAAUCAAUCCUUUUUUAAUGUGUGUGGAAUUGCACCCACUCCCAUCAUUCUAAGCCAGGGUUCUUACUGUACCAAACACCAGAUUCCCAGUUUAGUAGAAUAGAAUGAAAAAGGUCCAGGCACUCCUUGGUUCAAGACAGACACUUUUUUGGAACCACAGCAAUGUUUCAACCAAAAGGUCUUUGUCAAUGUCAAUGCUUGCAAAGACUUUUUGGUCGAAACGUUGCUGUGGUUCCAAUAAAGUGCCUAUCUUGAACCAAGGAGUGCCUGGACCUUUUUCAUUCUAUUCCACUAUAAUCAAUAACCUCAGAUUAUGCUCAGCAAUACUCUUCUGAACACAUCAAUACACAAUACUUCCUUUGAAACUAAGUGAUAAUGCCAUAUAUGAGACCUGACUAAUUCAGUUUUUACAAUAAGAAUUUUCAUAAAUUAAUUUGAUGGCUAUAUUCCUCAUUUUCUUAUCUGUCUUUGUAUUUAUGUUUAUAUUAGUGAGAAAAAUGUGUCUAGUUGUAAAUCGUGGUCAUGCCAAGUAUCUAUUUCAUCUUACUUGCAGAGGAGGGCAAGUAGUGCUCCCAGAUGGCUCGUAUGUGGGGUAUGUGGAAGACGGGACCCCAUGUGGCCCUAACAUGAUGUGUCUGGAACAGAAGUGCCUCCCUGCUGCGGUUUUUAACUUUAGCACUUGUCCUGGAAGCGUAAAUGAAGAGGUCUGCUCAGACCACGGGGUAAGUGAGGAUAAACUGCAAGGAUUUUGGUGGAAAAUUGAAAAAAAAAAGUCCUUUUUAUUUAUAUUUAGCUGUCAUUAUAUUUGCUGAUUGUGUAACCAGUACACACAAAAUGGCUACUACGUCCUGCAGUUGGAGCACUUCAACUCCAGGAACCAUGGAUCCACUGCUUAUAAAACUGUAACUGAUUAUUAUUUUAUAUAAAUGCUUAUGGGUGCAUCACAUUUUUUCUGUUUUUGGACGAUGUUUAUUUUUGCAAUUUGUGAAUAAUUCAAUAUCAGAUGAGGGUAUUUUAAAACAGAACAGAGUCAAAAACAUAUUUAUGGUAGCGGAAGUGUCCAAAGCAGCAGAACAUUGUCUGAAUGAUAAAUUAUUUCAAGACAACCAAUCUAGAGAAAAAAAGAUGUUCGGAAAGAGCAGUUGGAAAAAAGGUAAAAAUAAAAGCGGGGUGGUGUAUAUGUAUAUAUGUUCUCCUGAUUCGGAUUCUGACAUCCAAUCGAAUUUUAAAUGACCCGAAUAAAUUUAUAUCUUCGGACAAAAUCAGUUGGCAGAGCCAAAAUUUCUCGUCUUGCUUAGGCCAAAACAGUAGCAGUUAAGACAGAAUGUUUAGGGUCUGGAGUUAAAAUGGUAUAUAGAGAAAAGCUGAUCUGAGAUGAAGACCACCACUCAGAGAGAUGUAUAAUGUGGCUAAGUUAAGAACAUGAUGUAACUUGAGACCAAAUCCACCACAUAUAUAAAAAGGGGGCUUAGGGUACUACGACACAGCUAGGUAGAAGGCUAACCCCUAACUUAUAGCUUUUGCUCUGAAGCUGGUCGGAUAUCUCUCUGAUCCUAACUCUGUCCACAGGUGUGCAGCAACGAAGGAAAGUGUAUAUGUCAUCCAGACUGGACUGGAAAAGAUUGCAGUGUGUACGAUCCUCUACCCGUCCCUAAACCACCUGCUGUGGUUGAAAGAUACAAAGGUAAAACAUAAAGCUUAUUAUUGUUAAAGAAAAUAGGAUACUUAAAAAUAUCAACCCAUGCAAAGAUCGUCAUAAAAAUUUAUAAAAUAAGGAAAACACAUCCAGAGAAAGGUGGGCUUUUGUCAGUCUUCCUACUUUUCUGCUUAGAAUAACUAUAUAAUGUGGCACAAUUAAUUUAUUUUAUUCCACUUCAUGUCUAUGUAACAGCUAAUACACUAGAGAACCUCAUAAUAAAUAAUUUAUUAAGAAUUCUAAACUUGAACGCUGUUCUAAAAACAUUCCAAAUGACUACCAAAAAUCCCGUAGCCUUUCAUGGUGAUGUAUCUGUAGAUAAAUCGUUUGGAAUGUUUUUCGGACAGUAUUGAAUCAGUUUGAAAUCAAUUUAUUAAAUCGAGGCUAAAGGUCUCUAUUUAAUAUUUUUGCAAGAGCUUUUGAAAUGAUUUAAUAUUUUUGGAUAAACUUUCAAAAUGAUUCAAUAUUUCGAAAACUAUUUGAAUUUUGAAACAUUUUGCUAUUUUUGGUAUCUUGAUAUAUUUUAUAUAUAUGAUAGAUUUUUUUUUUUUGAUAUGUUAGUAUUUUGAAGAAAUCAUUUAAAAAGUGUAUCCAAAAAUAUUGAAUAAUUUGAAAGACUUAUGCAAUAAUAGUAAAUCGAGACCAUAGCAUUAGUUCAUAAUAUAGGAAGAAGUACUUUUACUUUCCUAACUGAUUUUAGAAAUUUUUUGUAACAAAGUUACCAGUAUCUGUCCCUUUGUCCAGGUCCCAGUGGCACAAACAUCAUUAUUGGGUCCAUCGCAGGAGCUGUGCUGAUCGCUGCCAUUGUACUGGGGGGAACCGGAUGGGGUUUUAAGUAAGUAGACAAAAAUGCACUUACAGUUCGUAUUGGUAAAGACACUCAAGUAACCACCAACAGUAAUAACUCUUCCUCUGAGUGUCAUUUGACGAGCCAUUUAAAUUAAUUUCUGUUAUUUGAUAACGUUAUUUUUUUGGAAUUGUGUUUAACUGUUUGGCGAGGCAUAACUUUUACGAUGUUACUAAUAAAGUCUUUUUUCCCCCCCCUCCUUAUGUAAAGGAAUAUCCGGAGAGGAAGGUAAAGCAAAGAAUUUUCUACAUAAAACUUUUCGUCAUCUGUUGUAGAAUAAAGAAAGAGCUAAUGAUUCGAGUGGAAUGAUCCCUGAAAAAUAAGGAAAAGGGGGUAACCUCUUUCAAGAACUAAACAGAAAGCAGGGAGGUAUCAGGGAGACAUUACCUAAAAUGUAACCUUUAUUAGUAAACGAUAAAAAGUGUAAAAUAUAUAUAACAUUUUAAUCAAUUCUAUAAAAUACAAAAUAAUUUACGUAAAAUACCUAGAUAGGACAGAAAACCAGAAAUAGUUCCACUAAGUCAAUACCCUAAGAUCAGUAGAAUACUGCCUAAACCCCAUGCACCAUGGAACACCUAAGUCAAGAUUUCAAAGCCCUUGUCUCAUCCUUCUUCAGCAUCAUCACCUCCACCAUUAAUAAUUUCCUACUUCUGCAUUUCGCUUUCCUUCCCCCACACUGAGCCCCCCCUUUUUUCUUUUUUUCCCUCCCUAUCUUGGGGUUUAUCAUCACUGGUGUUUUCUCUAAUAUAAAGCAGACACUGCACAAGUGAUGCUGUUUUUAAAGGAACUUUAAUAUAAGUUUCUUUAAGGAAUUAAUUUGCUUUUUCUUAAUGUUUAUGGUUUUAUUUUUAUUUUAUUUAUUUUUCUCCUCUACUUUCUUUUCUUCUACAUGCAAGUUUUGAUUUUGAUUGUUUCCUAAAUACAUAGUGUUUUAUGGUUUUUGACUUAUGCAUUGUAGUGUCACAUUAUUCCAUACCACACUGGUAUUUGUAUGACUGUUUUCUAUAUUUUCUGUUCUUCUUGGCUGUUUAGUAAAACCACAUUUGACACAAUACACUCUAAACUGAGUAAACUGGAGCUAAAAAAAGUCAUAAAAAGAAAAUACAUGUAAUACAUAGUUUGUCCACAAAGUGACAGAGUUGGCCCUUACUGCCAGUCCUCCUGAUAAGUUUCAAGUUCUCUAGCAAAAUCUCUGGUAAAACGCAUUGGACACUUUUCCCAUGUACCCCUGAAGAGCGUAACGUGGUGGAACACACGUCGGACAUUUUGCUGAUAGGGAAAACGAGAAUCUAGUUUUAGGCUCUCUAUUUUUAAUACAGAGAAUAGUAUUUUCACUUUCGACCCUUGAACGUUGGUAGAAAAGCUUAUUAGGAGAAUAUCGAUAAUCAUUUUUUUACAGCUUUCUACAUCCUUCUUUUUUAAAUCUAACUUUUCUGUUUUUUUAAGGUUGACUCUAACACCAUGUGGUCACACUAAAUAUUACAAAUAAUUUCUUUUUAUGGCUUCUUUCCUGGUUUAGACAAUGCUGUACUCACCUCAGGUUAUCACUUUUUAAAAUAUUUCUGUCCAAUCUGGGUAUCUUGUGUAUAUUUUUUUCAGAGUUUUAUAAAACUAACUACUAUGGUAUGGAUGAUUUUCACUUUUUAAAAUUUACUAUCAAAAGUUGCUUUUCAGGUAUUUUCUCCAAGAUACAACAUUUCCUGCUUUCAGUUGUGCAUAGAGUUUAAUAUGGAGGACUUGUGUAUUAUAACUACCCAAAUCCUAAAUAAAGCUUUGAUGUUUUUUCUGUGAACGUUUUGCUAAAAUAGGAAAUAUGUGUAUAUCACCUGUUUACAGUCCUACAAUUCUGAGACCACUCAAGACAAGAUUCCUUGUGGUUUAAAAUCCUAUACAAUCAUCACGUGUAACAGUUUCCAAUGCAACUUUUGGCAUGUGCUCCCACUGUAGCUAUGGGGCUUUAGUAUCUGAUUCUACCCAAGAUUUGAUAUACAUUUUAUAAAAACAAUUGCCUCCUUCUUCUUUGUAGAUCUGGAGGAGGCUAGCAGGUCAUAUGUCUUUCCUGCCUUUCUCUAUGUAUUCGUCAGUGUUCUCAAUCAUUCCCCCAACACCUCUAGGCCUUGCUAAGGAAAAAAAUAUAAUGAGAUAAAAAAAAAAGGAGGAUGGAAGAGGAAGCACAGAAGAAUGAUAUAAGGAGUCUUUCUGGGAUCCCCUACCCUGUCUUCCACUAAAGAUAAACUGCCACUUACUUAAUAAACUGGCCGAUAAACAAGAACAACGUUGGUGAGAUUCUGGGAGACUUGAUGAAAUCACAUACCUCUUAAAAUAAGUCCUACUAAUUACUGGAAACAGAAGUGGAGGGAGCAGGGUGAAAUUUCCCUGUGAAACAAGUCACUGCCAUAAUUAAAAAAAAAAAAAAAGGUUGACCCUAGGGAGUACUGCCAUGAAUUUGUUCUGAUCUCAGAGGAAUUACCCCUACAAAGUAUCACAUUAAUUGAUGCAUUUUUAAAUUAACGAGGGACUAUACCCUUAAAUAAAAUUAAGCUUAGUUAAGAAGCUUUGAUCCUACAAAGGAAAGGACUGCUUCACUGCCAUGUUACUGCCAUAUAUGAAAGUUGGUUUUAAGAGGGCUUGACCACACUCUGACCACUAUUAAUACACUUUAGUCCUGGAUGGGAUUGUCCGAUUAUAUGUGUUAUGAAAAAUAUAUUUUGACCUCAUAUAGGACCAACCCCUUAUUCUAAACACUUUACAGUAACAUACUGUCUAAACUAUUUUAAGUAUUUUUGCCAAAGAGGACCAUGUUUCUGGGCCCCUCUGGAAUUAAAAAACAAGUUAUACAUCUAUAUAAUCUCUUAUAAGUCACCUUCUCACCUCCAUUAUGCUAUCUGAUCUAUACUUGUAGUCAGUUUUCUAAUUAACAGGCAUUGAACUUAUUUAUUUAUCUUUUAACGCACUACUAAAUGAUCAUCUAUGAAUUGCACUAAAACCAAGAAUAAAGUAGAAUAAAGUUGAGGGAGGAAAGUGAUUUAUAUCAAAUGCAUUUCUAGGAACAAAUAUUACAAAUGGCCUAGCCACUGCCAGAGACAUUAUAAAUAGUGAAUGGAUGGAAUGGGUCUUAGAUAUCUGUGGCCGAAAAAUAUCUAGACCUACAGGCAAUUAUGUGCUGUAUGAAAAGUCUAGAGUGCCUUUUGAAAAGUCCGGAACUCGUAUAUGUUUAGAAGGAAAGCAGAGACAUAAAUCAAUUUCACCCAAAUCCAGUAAAUUUUCUUGUAAUACAUUACAAAUACUGGUUAAUUAUUAUUGAUACAUGUGUCUACUCUAAAGUUUGUAAAUACUAAUUAUACCUCUAAAGCUUUGUGUCCUUGAAGGUUUUAAAUUUAAUGAACUUUCCUCAGCACCCACAGAGGUCGAAAUAGCCUAGCUGUUCUCUUGCUCUGAAUGUAUUGUCCCAGGUUAUUUCUGGUAAAUGACCAAAUGUCUGUCACAUCACGUCUCAGUAAUAGCAUUGUCACUCUGCCCUAUGCCUGGAGCUCAACCCCUUAAGGACACAUGACAUGUGUGACAUGUCAUGAUUCUCUUUUAUUCCAGAAAUUUGGUCCUUAAGGGGUUAAGGACAGUCAGGUUUUACAGGUAACUCAGUAGUGACUGUGACCCAAAAAGCCUCUAAAGGUGUUCAGUCAUUCUAUGGAUACCAAACGAACAAUGCACUGUCUCAGCCAUCCAUAAUGAUAUUUGGAGUCUCGUUUAACUCACUGCCAAAGCAUGGUUAAUUUUUUUUUUUAGCGAGUAGCCAUCAUGAACUGCCCUAUCAAGAUCCAGCACAUUGUCAAAGUAUUAGGACUUGAACAAGACACUACAGAAUCCGACUAUAACAGGAAAUAUGUUCAGGCAUUCAUCUUAGAAAUGGACAUGUCAUAUGGAGUCUCAGAAAAUCACAGUUCUUUGAAAUAUAUUAAUCUUCUCAAUGGUUCUAUGUCAGUUUUGAACUUUGCAAAUUUCUACUGGAUGCCAUACCAUGCUUGGAUGCUUUAGUGCAACCCACCAAAAGACUUCACUGUUAAACAGUGUGACGAAUGUCUCUCGAAGGCUUGGACGUAAUCUAGUUCUAAUUCUGUAACUGCUUCUAACAUACACUUCUAUUGAACCUCAACGUGGAACUUGUUGGGAUCUAUUACAAAGGUAUUCUUUUAUUACAAAAAAAUAAAAAGUAAAUAAAAUGAAUGUUCCCAUGAGA